GCGCCGGAAGUGGUGAGGCUUCGAAGAGUGUCCUGGGUUUGUCUGUGUCCGCGGACUCGAGAGUAAUGAUGCGGGUGUGCUGGUUGGUGAGACAGGAUAACCGGCACCAGAGAAUCAAACUUCCACAUUUGGAAGCAGUCAUGGUUGGGCGUGGUCCAGAGACCAAGAUCGUUGACAAGAAAUGUUCUCGACAACAAGUACAGUUGAAAGCAGAGUGUAACAAAGGAUACGUCAAGGUAAAGCAGGUAGGGGUCAAUCCCACCAGCAUUGACUCAGUCAUAAUUGGGAAGGACCAAGAGGUGAAGCUGCAGCCUGGCCAGGUUCUCCACAUGGUGAAUGAACUUUAUCCAUAUAUCGUAGAAUUUGAGGAAGAAGCAGAGAGCCCUGGCCUGGAAACACACAGGAAGAGAAAGAGGUCAGGCAGCAGUGAUUCUAUAGAAAGAGAUGCUGCCCAGGAAGCUGAGUCCUGUACAGUACUGGAACCUGGGAGUGAUCCUAGCCAAUCUUCUCUGCCCUCAAAAAAGGGGAAAGAUGUAUCUACCAAAAAGGAAUCAUUGGGCCACUGGAGUCAAGGCUUGAAAAUUUCUAUGCAGGAUCCCAAAAUGCAGAUUUACAAAGAUGAGCAGGUGGUGGUGAUUAAGGAUAAAUAUCCCAAGGCUCGUCACCAUUGGCUGGUCUUACCAUGGGCUUCCAUUUCCAGUCUGAAGGUUGUGACCAGGGAACACCUUGAGCUCCUCAAACACAUGCACACUGUGGGGGAAAAGAUGAUCACAGAUUUUGCUGGGUCCAGCAAACUCCGCUUCCGAUUGGGUUACCAUGCCAUUCCCAGCAUGAGCCAUGUACACCUUCAUGUGAUCAGCCAGGAUUUUGAUUCUCCUUGCCUUAAAAACAAAAAACAUUGGAAUUCUUUCAAUACAGAAUACUUCCUAGAAUCACAAGCUGUGAUAGAGAUGGUACAGGACACUGGCAGAGUGAGUGUCCGAGAUGGGACGCCUGAACUCUUGAAGCUGCCUCUCCGUUGUCACGAGUGUCAGCAGCUGCUGCCUUCCAUUCCUCAGCUGAAAGAGCAUCUCAGGAGGCACUGGCCAAAGUGAUUCCUUGGAGCCUGGACUUUUGCAGCAGGUGUGGCUGAUUGUUUAGAACAAAUUCCUUGCACCUGUUCUGGAUUGCCUGUGAACUUUUAUUUCUUGAAUUAAAACAUGCAGCCUUUUUUUUUUUUUUAAAAAAAAAACAAAGCUUCUGUUCCUGAGUGGCUACAAUAUGGGGUGGCUUGAAGUAGUUUAGGAAUUAGGAAUUUGGGUUUAUCAUGGAUGUGUUCUCUGGUGAUGGUGGCUGGGCCAGGCCUGACCCCCAGUCUCCAGGAUCCAUGUCAAGUAUGACUAAUGAGGGGCAAAGCCAUGUUCAGACUGACCUAAUGGAAGAUAUGGGAGAGGGUGGGCUAUAUAUUUCUGUCCGUGCGUUUAAUCCUUUCUCCCCAGAGGCAUGUGGUACCUUCAUCAGAGCAGCUAAAGAGGUCUCAUAUUUAUCCUGAAAGCUCAGGUUGGUCUUAUUCUUUGAUAUUAAUCUAUUCUGUAAUAUUCUUUCCCUUUACUUUCUUCAUGGAGAAACUUAGUUGCUUCUGUCUUUUCUAUCUUCAUCUGUCUUUUCUGCCCUUUCUAUCCAAAACCACCAAUGCUCCCUUCUCAGGAAGUGUGUCUCACCAGUUCUUACACACUUUAAGCAAACAGGCUACAUGAGGGGGUGGAGAGAUGGGGUUUUCUAAUAUCAGGGGUUACUGGCUGGUGAGGAAAUACUUGGCCAAAUGUUCAUCAGGUUCGGCUGUCAAGCCUUCUUGCUGAUCUGCUUGGAUCUUUCUUUUUUUUUUUAAAGAUUUUAUUUAUUUGACAGACAGAGAUCACAAGUAUACAGAGAAACAGGCAGAGAGAGAGGGUGGGGGAAGCAGGCUCCCUGCUGAGCAGAGAGGUAAAGGGAAUUCUAAAAUGAUUCUAAUUACAUUGGUGAUCUAUUUGAGGAUGUGAUUCUUUUUGCUCUUGAGUUAAAAAAAAAAAAACAAAAAACCCUUAAUAAUAACAUCUCUCUGGAGAAAACCUCAAUCUGUAGAGACCACAUUCAACCUCAGUCUUUCACAAACAAACAAGAUGUUACAGUGAUUUCUUGGUGAGCAUGGGUAUAGUCAUAAUUAGUAGUAAUUAAUGAUUACACUUGAUUACUGUGUAACACUUGCUCAGCUCCUGUGUGUCUGGGCAUUUUGCUAAACACUUUGUUCAAAUUAUUUAAUUUACUUCUCCCUGUAUGUAAUUCUGUGGGGUAGGUACCUUCGUGAUGACCCUUUAAAGGAUAAAAAUUUAAUCAUCUAUAAAG